AUGUCUUCGACCAAGGGCCUCGCUCUCGUCACCGGUGCCAACGGCUUCAUCGGCGCCCGGGCUGUCGAGGCAUUCCUCCUGGCCGGCUACUCAGUGCGAGCCGCCGUCAGGUCUCAGAACUCGGCGACGAGUCUCACCGACGUGCUUCCCUCGUACACCGCGUCGGGCCAGCUCUCCACGGCCAUCGUGCCCGACAUCACGGCCCCGGGCGCCUUUGACGACGCGGUCAAGGGCGUGGCCGUCAUCGCGCACAUCGCGAGCCCGGUCGACUUCUCCAACACGGACGCCGAACAAGUGUUGGGCGCGGCCGUGAAGGGCACUCUCAGCAUUCUGGACUCGGCCGUCGGGGAGCCGGGGCUCAAGUCGUUCGUGUACCUGUCGUCCAUCGUCGCCGUCAGGGGCAAUGGCCCGCGGUUCGAGGGGCGCAUCGUUACGGAGGAGGACUGGAACGACGACGGCGAGGAGACGCUUGAGAAGGCCGGGAAGGACGCGACCGGCGCCCAGAUCUACGUCGCGAGCAAGGUCAAGGGCGAGCGGGCCCUUUGGGAGUUUCGGGAGAGGAACCUGGGCCGCAUCGGCUUCAGCAUGACGGCUAUCAACCCGGUCUGGGUAGUUGGCCCGCCAUUGAUCCUGCCCAAGGACCCCAAGAGGCUGAGCGACACUGCCGUCGUCACGUACCGAGUCAUGAACGGCGAGGAGGUGCCCCCAUUUGGUCCGGGCAAUGGGACACACGUCGACGUCCGCGACGUCGCUCGUCUCGUUGUGUUUGCUGCCGAUAGACCAGACGUUGCGGACAAGCAGCGUUAUAUUGCGGGCGGCAGUGAAAAUUAUGCCAACAUCCAGGCGUACUGUGAUAUUCUGCGCAAGGCCUACCCCGGCAGGAGAGACAUCAUCAAGGAGGGAGAACCGGGCAAGGGUUACCAAAAAGACUACAGCACACCCCCCGACGGGAGGGCAGUUAAUGGAACCAAGGCGGUAAAGGCGACGGGCCAGGAUUGGAUUCCGUUGGAAAAAAUGGUUUUGGACGCGGCAAAAUCCUACGAGAUCUAUUUCUGA